AUGCUUAUUACUGGACGUUAUCCUUCGUAUUGGAAGGAGAAUGGCGCCCAAGCAAGGGUAGUCCUCGAGGGCAAACCAAGGGCUUCUCGUCUCAGCGAUCCAUUGGCUCCUCCGCGGAAGAUUUUGAGCUUCCUCGCGACAUGCGCGCCAGGGCUGGAGGCUGUGGUAGCAGCCGAGCUCCAGGCCCCGGCCAUCCGAGCCGCGAAUGUGGCAAUCGCGGAGAGUGGCGGCGCCGUGUUCUUCUCUGGGACUUGGAUUGUGGCAUUCAAUGCCAUUCUCUGGUUGCGCUGCGGAUCGAGGGUGAUGCAUCUCAUUGCCAGCGCCAAUCUUCCAUGGGCCGAUGCAAUCGGGAUUGAUCCAGUCUAUCAAUUUGUCAGAUAUGCAGUGCAUUGGAAAAGAUUUCUUGCGAGCAAUGACGACGGUCACAAAAGGUUCCGGAGUUUUUCAGUGGAAUGUAGGGUCCGGGACUGUACGAGAAGGUCUGUAUCCUUGUACGCUCCAAGAAAAGCCAACGCUGCCAUCAAUGAUGCUCUCGACUUGGAGUUUAAUCCCGACGUACUCGAGCCUCAUCUCAAGGAACCAGCUGAAGUUCCACUCUUUUUACUCAUACACAAGGACAAGGCCAGGCUCUACAGAGACAUGAGCUCGGACCUCGGUGAAAGAAGCUACAAAGAAGUCCUGGACAAGACAAGCUUGCCUGGAGAGAUUGCCGCAGGAGUUUUGACACUGGCCGGGUGGAACUAUGCAGUCCCAGGAUUUGGAGAGAUCAAUCGAAACGCUCCAACCGUGCUGCUGGAUCCAAUGUGUGGUUGCGGAACGCUCCUGGUCGAGGCAGCUCUCAUGUCUUCCAACACUGCUCCGGGGCUCCUAUGCAAAAGCUGGCCUUUCACGGACUGGCAUGACUUUGACGAGGAACUCUGGCAAGAGUGCCGCGCCAGAGCUUCAGCUGCCAUGCUCGCGGUUCCAUCCAGUCACAAGUUUUUGGGGAACGACAGGGAUCAAAAAGUGAUCUCGGCGUGUGCUCGAGCCGCGGAGCGUGCUGGAGUUGCACACUUGCUCCAACUUAGCAGUCAAGACUUUGUGCAGUACGAGCCUCCAACCCGUCCAUCGCUGGUGGUGGUCAAUCCUCCGUGGGAAAGCAAAGAAAGAACGACGACUUUGGUUCCAACGUUUUCGGAGCUGGGCAGAUUUUUGAGGCGCCACUGUCGUGAAACCGAUGCCUACGUCUUGAGUGGCAGUCGCCUUCUCGCGAGCAACAUGAGGCUAAAGGCGGACGUCAAUUGGCCGAUUAAAAUUCAAGGCCUCCAUUUUCGACUGUGCCACUAUUACAUUCUUCCAAAAAAGCGCAAGGAUCAGGCUGCGCCACAGGGCACUUGACACGUUCCACAGAAACGUGUUGACACGUGUCCAUCUGGGAGAUUGACACGUCAUGUGGCUGCCGCUUGCGUGUAUGUAGAGCGAAUCUUUGAAUAUGCCUGGGGAUUAUUCGGUUUCUUACCGUA